UCCUGCAAAUUAAGGGAUUUCCUAGAUUCCCUUUGUAAUAUUAAAGUUGGUCAAAUUUCUGACCACAAAAAUGUAUAAUCAAUUAAAAUGCAUCUUAGGUUAAUAAUAAUACCAAAUAAAAGCCUAUUUCAAAAAAAAAAAAAAUCCAAAUAAGUUAGCCAAAUUAAGACUUUUACUUGUAAAAGACUUUAAACUUUUAAGUUGGGAUAUGAUUUUAACCAAAUAAGGUUCUUACUUAACAAAUAAUUUGUUUGCUCUAUAACUCGGAAAAUGAGAGAGGAUUUUAAGACAUGGUUUUGAAAUACAUAACCAUGGGAGCCCAUAGCCAUCACCUACUCUUAUCGUUUACACUAGCAUAUUCAUUUACCUAAAUAUUUCUUCCCUUCUAAAACAUUUCCCAAAUUCACCCUCUGACUUUGACUCAUCAGAUUUAUAAAAUUACAAAUUGAUUAAGAAAAACUUUCAAUAAUCUUCGAGAAAUAAACAAAAAAUCCUGAGAAGUUGAACAGGCAGAACCACAAGAGGACAAAGUUUCAGGUGCGUCAGUUGUUCUUAUAUUUAAGAAAUGAUUGCAUUUUUAAAUCAAUAGAUUCAGACAUGUUUUUAGAAAUGAAAUGACUUCACUGACGAUUUUCAUUUGAUCCAUUGCAUGAUUUUCAUUGAAAGAGAUGACUUCUAAGAGAAUAGUUUCAAGUAUCCAAUCAGACAGAUUAUCGAAUCUACCCGAUACACUUCUGAUUAUUAUCAUCUCUUCCUUGUCCUUCAAGGAAUGUUUAAGUACCAGUGUACUCUCUACGAGGUGGAGUUACCUCUGUCGAGAGACAAGAAACAUUGCAUUUAAUGAAUCCGAGUAUGUCGACCACUCUGUAUCCGACAAAAAAUCCAAAAGGCUUUCGUUUGUUGGCUAUAUGAGUCAAUGGAUCUCUAGAUAUCAUGGUCGUUACAUCGAAAGCUUCGAGAUUUGUUUCUCCCUUCCAUUAGGCUUUAUGGCAGAGAUCGAGUCUUUGAUCGAAUUUGCAGUGUCAAGACAAGUCAAGAACCUGGUUAUUGAUUUCAAAGACCCUUCUUGGACAAUCAAUAGCAGUGCGUCUUGGUAUGCCUAUCUUGCUGUGAAAUUGCCCGUAUGCGUUUACAGUCUAACAACCCUCGAAUCACUGAAGAUUUACGCGUGCGGGUUUGAUCCUUCGAAAUUCACAAACUCGGGAUUGCCUAGAAAGCUCUCUAUUGGUUGGAUCAACUUCACAGAGGCCGAGUCUUUGUUAUCAAACUCUCCUACGCUCAAAAGUCUAAGUAUUGAUUACUGUUGGAGUGUUGAUAUCAAAAACAUAGCCGGAGAUAUGAAAGAAGUUGUAUUCGAUAACUCCGACUUCUUCCCUAAAAAGGCUUGUUCCUUUGACCUGCCUAAUGUAGAGAUCUUCAAGUACUCAGGCUCAGUUCUCUCCUUCGAUGUCAAGGGAAUGAAUAGGAUAAUAAAAGAAGUCUACUUGGACUUCUUCUGCGCAGAGGGCGAAUACGAUAAACCGAAUCGAAGAACAAAAUUAGAUGGAACAGAUCUUUCUGGCUUCCUUAACAGUUUUCGAGGUGCGAGGACCUUAAGUGUCUGCCCUUAUCUCCUUCAGUCUAUCCAAGAAUGUGAAGAUCCGUCAAGUUUACUUCGUCCUAUGGAUACAGAGCAUUUGGUGCUGAGAAUGAGGAUGCAUGUCAUGGAGUUUAAGGGGAUUAAGCUCCUUCUUGAUAAUUGCCCGAACCUAGAAACACUAACUUUCGAUAUCAUCCGUCGAAGCAAGUUCUCGUACACUAAGUCAUAUUGUGGCAUCUGUCCAAAAACAUGUUGGCAAAAUAGCCUUACCUACAAGUCUCUUCCUAAGACACUUAAAGUGGUAGUGGUAAGGAAUUAUAGUGGUCACUUUAAUGAGCUAAAUGUAUUGAAGUUUUUGAUUCAGUCCAGACGUGGGCAUGCGGAUGGGUCUAUGUUGGAAAGAGUGGAGCUUUACAUGCAUAAUAGUAUGGAGGAAAGUCAAAGGAUGUUGGCACAUGAGGAAGCCGAGAUGUUACAGAGUAUUUCAGGGGCUGUACAGGUUCUUGUACACAACCUUUGAAAAGUUGGCAUAUUCAAGACUUCUCAUUAGUGUGUUUUGUUUGAACCAUUUAGUGAUGUUUUCUUUUGCUUUGAUUUAUGAAUAAUGAGGACUUGGUCAUCUUUUUGAAACAUUAUAUAAUAUUUGUUUUUAUAUAUUUAAUAAUUUUCUUUGAUUUUUGAAAACUAAAAUAUUGUUUUAGGGCUAACAAAACUAGACACCAAAACUGAACUAAACCGGUUUAAAAGUAAUCAAACUAAAACAUAGGAAGAGGAGUCACUAGUUAAGUCUGAACCAAACACUAUAUCUUCGAAGAUGAGUCGUGACGAUGUGGCAAACAAAUCUAUAAGAUGAGUUCAAAUAUUUUCCAUUUCUAUCAUCGACUUUUGCAUCAACCAAACCUAUGUUUCUGUAUAAAUUUACAGUUGU